AUGCGUUUGAUCAAUACUGAAACAUUUAAGCUCAAGGUUUUUUCGGACGAUGAGGUCCCCCCAUAUGCGAUUCUGUCGCACACUUGGGGCCCUGACUCCGAAGAGCUCACCUUUUCUGAUGUCCAAAAGGGAAUAAGCAAGGCACCCGACGAAAAGGAAAGUCUCGGAUUGACCAAGUUCCGAGAAUGCUGUCGACAGGCCCAAAAAGAUUCACUUGGUUACGCUUGGAUUGAUACUUGCUGUAUUGACAAAACCAAUAUGGUCGAGCUUGGCGAAGCCAUCAAUUCCAUGUUCCGAUGGUAUAGCCUCGCAAAUGUCUGUUACGCCUACUUAUCCGACGUCCCAGAUGACGAUGAUGCCUCCGCUCCUGAAUCUAAAUUUCGGUCAAGUCGGUGGUUCACCAGAGGAUGGACGUUACAAGAGCUUCUUGCGCCUAAACAUGUACGAUUCUAUAACUUAGAAUGGCAUCUUAUAGGCAACAAGGGGAAUAAAUGCACUGUCAUCCAGAAAAUCACUUCUGUGCCGCGUCAAUUCUUACUAGGCGUUGCCGAAUUGCACACUGCAAGCGUUGCACAGCGCAUGUCCUGGGCUGCGCAAAGGAAAACUGGAAGAGCUGAAGAUCUUGCAUAUUGUUUGCUGGGGAUAUUUGGCAUAACAAUGCCAAUGAUUUAUGGCGAGGGUGGCAGAGAGGCCUUCUUUCGGCUGCAAGAGCAUAUUAUGAAGUCGACGAGAGAUGACUCUAUCCUAGCAUGGGGCUUCAUGCACAAAUCGUCUACAAUCAACCCUCAACAAUUCAUGGAUGAAAAUAAGUUCAUUUAUGGAGACAUAUUAGCAGCUACUCCGUCAGAUUUUGCAAAUUCCGGGCAAAUCGUCGCCCGCGAACAAGCCACCAACCCUCUGCACUCGCUAGAUAUCUUUGGGGGUAGUCUUAGAAUUUUCUUGCCGUUGGCUACGAGUGAUACUGGCAGAACUUUUGGAUUGCUCAGCUGUGGCCCUAAAUCCAAUGCAAAGCAAGUCGCUGCGAUCCCUCUCGCAAAAAUAAACUCGGCGGUGGCGAACGAAUAUGUGAGACCAAGGGGGUACCCUUCAGUACUUCAACCGGUACCUACGUCUGAUGCUACACGCGAGCUUAUUCACAUUAAAAAAGAUGGCCAAAAGCAGAUAUUGACAAAGAAUCAACAGUUUCUGUUCUAUGAUGUGGAUUUAUUUGCUAAAAUUGGGCUGGAAGUCAUUGAUGUGAUCCCUCGGGCUUGUUGGGAUAAUCAGCUGUCUCUGAUUUCGCAGACAAGUACUGAUCAAAUAUUAAUUCGAGUUAGUCAAAGCAAGGAACAGUUUCUUGAUUUUGUAAUAGUGAUGGAUGUUCAGCAGCCUGAUUCUCGCUUAGAUCAAUUGUGUUGCUUGUUUACAUGCCACAGAGACACUGAGUUGGAUGAGAUAGCCGGAAAGUUUCAGCGAGAGGCGCUGGAGGUAUUUAAAGGGACAAGUGCGAGUAACGAAUCUCUCAAUCUGCGUAUUAAAUUUAAGCCUAUGGAAGGAAACAUAAUCUCCAUCACCCCUAAAGCAAUGGCUAGUCCGCCACGCUAUACAAUUAACGCGACAAUGGCUUUGGAAAACUUGACCACAAUGCUGGAGUCAACAAGACUGCUGCGGGAAAGGAAGAAAAACGAGGCGGACAUGAGGGAGCUGAGCCAAAGAGUUGAAGAAUGCAAGAGUCGCUUGGGAGACAUAGAGGAAGAAAGAGAGAGUGUAGAGAACGAAGUUAAACGACUGGAAGCAAAAAAGAGCCUGCUUGUUGAAGAAGAACAAGUUAAGAUUCAAGAAAUGCGGCGUUUGGAGGAGGAGCAGGGAGAUAUAAGGAAGCGACAACCUGAAAAUGCACGACAAUUGGUAGAUGUACAGAAGCGACUGAAAGAUUUCUACCAUGCCAAAGGCUGUGAAGAUGGCAGGACACCGUUUCAUGAAGCUGUUGAGCUUGACGACAUUGAUAUGAUGGAUCUACUAUUCGACGUGACCACCGAUAUUAUAUAUGAAGACAAGCCAUGGAUGCGUUUUAUUACAGCUUCAAUAAAAGGCGAUGUCAAUGAAAUUCGUUUGCUCCUCGAUACUGACCAGACUGAGCUUGAGCAUAAAGAUGGCAUUUUUGGACGGACCCCACUCGCCUGGGCAAUCAUGCAUGGUCAUCUUGAUGUUGUCAAGCAGCUGCUCGACACGAACAGGGUCGACGUUCGUUCGAAAGACAAUCAUGGUCUGACGCCACUUCGUUGGGCCUUGGAUGGAGGAUACCGCGAUAUAGUGCGACUGAUGCUCCGGGAGGACAAGCCUGCCUGUUUACGCAAACUCCGGGGCCACAGCGACGAUAUUAUUUCAGUAGCUUUCUCUCAUGACUCAGAGUUAAUCUUGUCAGGGUCCGCUGAUAGUACUGUUAUGCUCUGGGAUAGCACAACUGGCGAGUGCAUAUGCACAUUUCAAGGCCAUAAGGGACAUGUCGUCUCAGUUGCCUUCUCGCAUGACUCAAAAAUACUAGCAUCAGGGUCUUACGAUCAUACCAUCAAGCUCUGGGAUAGCACAACUGGCGAAUGUCUACGCACAUUUCAAGGCCAUACGCAUUGUAUUAUAUCAGUUGUCUUCUCGCAUGACUCAAAAAUACUAGCAUCAGGGUCAUACGAUAGAACCACCAAGCUCUGGGAAACCGCAACUGGCGAGUGCAUAUGCACAUUUCAAGGCCAUAAGGGACAUGUCGUCUCAGUUGCCUUCUCGCAUGACUCAAAAAUACUAGCAUCAGGGUCUUACGAUCAUACCAUCCAGCUCUGGGAUACCGCAACUGGCGAGUGCAUACGCACAUUUCAAGGCCAUGAUGAUGCUGUUACUUCAGUUGCCUUCUCGCAUGACUCAAAAUUACUAGCAUCAGGGUCAUACGAUAGAACCAUCAAGCUCUGGGAUACCGCAACUGGCGAAUGCCUACGCACAUUUCAAGGCCGUAAGGGUUAUUUUGGAUCAAUUGCCUUCUCGCACGACUCGAAAUUAUUAGCAUCAGGGUCGUCCGAUGGAAUCAUCAAGCUCUGGGAUAGCACAACUGGCAAUUGCCUGUACUCGCUCAAGGCUGACGGUAAUCAGCUGGCCUUCUCACAUGACUGGAAGUUGAUAGCAGCAAGAAUAGGACAUGAAAUAUUACUUUGGGAUGUAUCAAUAGUGCAUGAGUUCGUUACCAGCCCAUGCUAUUAG